AUAAUUUGCUUCUUGAUUUCAGGUAAUCCAAGAGGAAGGAGGAAACCCUGAUGAAAUUUUAAUCAGCCCAGAGACUCCAAACAGCAGAACAUCAAAGAAGAUUGGUAAAGGAUACCGAGCUGAGGAUUGUGAAAUCGAGGAAUGUUCAGAGGAGGAUCUUGGUGGAAAGCAGGAGGAUAUUGAGGCAUUUGCUGACCAGAUACGGGAUGCUGAAGAAAUGAAUGUGCCUGAAUCAAAACAUGCUGACCGUACGGGUGCAGGUGGUGAUGUGGACAAGGCCCUCAAGCAAAUUCCAGGAACGACUUCACUUCAGAAAGAACCUAAAGCUAUACUAGAACAAUCAGAAAAGGAGAAAGUAGCUGAGAAUUCGGGGGAAGCUUGUAGUUCAGUUCCCACAGAGGAGAAACCCCCUGAAGAUCCACAGCUAUUGAUGCAAUAUAUGAUUGAUAUGGAUGCCUAUCAGAAAGAAGAGGAAAAUGCAACCCUAACCAGGGGUCAAGUGGAGGACAAUACGUUGGACGUAGAUAGUACAAUGCAUGUGGAAGGACCCAAGAUGGAUGACUAUAAACAACCUACCAAGGAAAUGUUGGACACGGAGAAGAUGGAUGCAACUGAAAGCUUGAGCAAGAUGGAAAGUUCCCAGCAGGAGCAUGAGACUGGACAGUCGGAGGCUGAGCAUCUUGUGAAAGAACCACAACCUGGACCUGCGGAAUGCAAAGACAGUGCAGUGCAACCAGAAGAUGAAGGUUCUGACAAAGCAGCUAAGAAUGAACCUUCGAUUGUAGAGGGCAGUGAUCAGAAGAGCUCUGAGGAUGCAAACGAUUCUAAGAAAGUGACAAAUCAAGAGAAAGGAAGAGCUUUGGAUAUACCAAAGAACAUUUGGGUGAGUGGCCUGUCCUCCAUAACCAGAGCAACUGACUUGAAGAACCUCUUCAGUAAAUAUGGCAAGGUGAUUUGUGCCAAAGUAGUAACUGACGCUCGUAAUCCUGGUGCACGUUGCUAUGGAUUCAUAACCAUGUUGACACCAGAAGAGGCAACAAGAAGCAUCGAUGCCCUGAAUCAGACUGAACUAAAUGGACAAACCAUCACUGUAGAACUGGCCAAAAGUGAACCUGGCUGUAAGAAGCGUACAGAGCAAAAGGUGGGAAGUGUGAAGAAAGUCUCCAAACAAAGUUCCAACCGAAGAAGUGGGAGCGAUGGAGAUCAAUCAAGAGAUAAGUCAUCUAUCAAUGGCAAAAACGAUGAUCGAAAAGACAGCCAAGGAGAUUCCAAAAUACAGGACGACGAUAGAAGAAAAGACAGGAGAGAAAGGAAUUCUAGUAGACAAAGAUCACACUCAAGAAGUCGAAGCUCAGCGAGAAGGAGAGACCGAGAAAGGAGGAGGACAAGGUCGAGGAGUCAACAUAGACGAUCUCGCAGCAGAGAUGGAGGAAGGGAUUACAUAUCCUUUGAUAAAAUGAUUGCACUAAGAGAACGAGAUCGCCAUUGGGACUAUAAGAGGGAUGACUGGGAAGUUGAGAGGCACAGUGGAGGACGUGAGGUGUCCAUGCGGGAAAGCCGACGGGAGCGGGAAGGGAGAGAAAUGCUGGCAAGGGAACGAGUCCGACUGCAGAUUGAGAGGAUGCGUCUUGAAAGAGAGAGACUGGAACGAGAGGCACUGGAAAGAGAAAGGCUGUUCAUUGAAGGGGAGAGGAGGCGAGAACAAGAACGAAUACGUCGCGAGAAGGAAGAGCUGUGCCGUGAGAUACGCUAUGAACAGAGUCUGAAAAGGCGUUACGAUGAUAGCCCCUUGAACAGAGAUUGGAACACCGAUCGGAGCCGGAAGAUGAGUGGAUUUCAGGAUCGAUCCUGGCAAGGAAGCGUUGAUAGUGGACUGAUGUCAAGAGAUCAUUGGCAAAGUGGCGAUCGGGGCAUGUCUGGCCCAUCUGGGACAAGUUACAAUAUGCAGAGAGGAGGAAUGCAAAAUCAAGGAAACUACAUGCAAGGAGGUUACCAGCAAGGCUCUAUGGCAUUUGAUAACCGCUCAAGCCAGAUGAUGUCAGGAGUAAACGUGUCAGGGGGAACUGCUUCUGGAGGUUACCAGCGUCCCUACUAAACUGUUUCACUAUCUUCAUAUGAAGGAAAUAUUUUUAAUAUGUUUUCAGAUUCUGUAGUCACCUUUUUGUUUGCGUUGAAGUAUUUAAACUGAAUGUUUGAAUGUGACUAGCUCUCAUUUUGUAAUUAAUUUUCUCAAAUGUGCUUGUCUUGACAAAGAAUCAAUAAAACUUGUCCUUUUUGUCUUUUUCUACCCUA